GCCUCAGGGGGCCAGUGCGGACAUUCUGAAAUUUCAAGAGAUGCCGGACAUUCAGAUAUUUAUGUGAAAUCUCAUUUUGCUGUUUGUUUGUGGUUUUGAAUCACAAUUGAAAUUUACAAAAAGACUGUAAGAACCACGGAACGCACUGGGGGCCCGUUUGCGCCUGGCAGCAGAUCACGGCCUGGGUCCUUGCCAGCCCCAGCUUCUCACGAUCCAGGAUUCAUUCCGGUCACAGAGCAAGUAUGGAUGGAGUUGGCCUUCGAGCCCGGGUUUCAGGUUAAGACUAUUGCCAUUCGUGAGAAGUGACUGCAAAAUUCCCAGCUCCUCCCCUGCAGGCGGGCAGGGAGGGGACCUUUGUUCUGCUGUGUGACCUUCACCUGUCGCCUCUGUGGGCCUCACUGUCCUCACCUGUACAAUGGCUGUGCUACCUACUCCUAGUUUAGCAGCGCCCAGCCCCCAUCAGUGUUCCCCUCCCCAGCCCUGGGUCCAGCUGACUUGCCUCUGAGCUUCUGUCCCAUUCCUGCUGCAGGAGCCAUGGGCACAGAGGGCCCCAGCCCCCUCACAACUCCCGUCCCUCGGGGGAGCCCUGUGGAGGCAGCGGACCCCCUGCCCAUACUCAUCGCCUUGGCCUGCAUCUUCCUCCUGCUGGCCUCCUGCCUGCUCUUCGUGACCCUCUGCAGACCGGCAGCGCUGGACCCCAGCGGCCAGGCCCGAGAGUGCAUGCCCCACCACCCCGGGAGCCCCAGCGAGCCCCAGCUCCGGCUCUGGACGCGCCUGGGCUCCCUGCGCCGCUCCCUGCGCAGCUUCCCGCGGGGCCGGCCUGCACCUCGCCGCUCCCAGCCGGACCACGACAGCAGCCACGCCUGGGACUGCACGGAGGCUACCAAGAUGUGA